AUGAGUAGCCAACAGUCGGGAGGGGCGAAUGCUGAGCCCAUGCUUGGAAUUGUCCUCGAAGAACCCACUCCAACACAGACAAGGGACCGCCCAGCUCAGAAAAGGCCGCCCAGCUCAACCCCUCGGAAUCAAAUCACUACUCACCGAUCGGGUUCUCCAAAUGCAGGUCGCAUUAUCUGUGGUGUGAUCAGCGCCACGGUUCUCAUCAUAGGAGCCAUUGUCGCCAUCGUAUCAAAGGUUUCUCGCCUCAAUUCUGACAACUCUACGCGCUCACUAUCCUCCAUGUCGGGCUCGACGUACUAUCGCCGCUUCGCAGACCCAAAUUCCCCAGUGAUAAGCUGUGGCAGCACACGCCUAGAGGCACUAUCCCGCAAUUGCCAAUUCGAUGUCUCAGCCGCCGCGUGGAUCCCACCUCUCUGCUACGAUCCUGACCUCGCUCGUGCUUCACAAUCUGCAAACCCCACCUUGGCUCCGCUUGGUGGCUCAGAAUCUUUCCCAUGGUGGUCAGAUGCCAACGGCACAUUGCCAAUACGACAGGAUAAGCUACAGAGCUUGGACAGCAUGGUGGCAUAUACGUGGGAGAAGUUUCACGUCACAAGCUGCUUAUAUAAUUGGCAGCGGCUUCUCAAAACAACAGAGCGUGUGAGAAAAGGUGAAAGAAAUGUAUGGGUGCAGGAUGAGGUGGUUUCGAUGCGGAAUAUUGCGCAUUGCAUUGAAAUAAUUGCGAAUCAGGAAGUGAAGGUAGAUGCAAAGACAGAAGUAAAAUUUGCAUUUGGGAAGUGUACAAGGUUGGAUCCCACUGCAUAA